UUCCUGUGGAUGCCGAUUAUUCCUUUAUCUGUGUUUAUUUUAGACUGUCAACAUAUCGUUUUAAUGUAUUGACAGCGCUGUAAGCGUGUUGUCCUAAAUGUGUAGAUCUACACUGUUGUGAUUAUGUCACGGGUAUAUGUGUCGUGAGAAAUAUAUGAUGCCUUAAUCGGAGAGUUGGGAAAUCCGAUGACAGAAGAACGCGUCUUCGAGGUUACAAAACUCGGGUAGCUUGGACAGGAUGCAUUUUGGUGAAAAGGUGUCAGUUAAAGAACGCAGCACAGCUUCAAUCUGGAGUUGACGUUAGCUACCCUGCUCACUAAUUGAGUUGGUAUGGCGGCCCAGCGUCAGCCGUUCUCCUCCCCUUCGGUGUCCUCCAGUGCGUUUUGCCGUGUGAAGAAGCUGAAGGUGGAGAGCUGCACGUGGGAUGUAGCAAGCCAGUCGGGUGAGAGGAAAUACUACCUGCCCUGCCAAUCUCAGGGAAACGCCGCCCCCUCCGCGACCUCCGGCUUCAACCCUGCCCACAGCUCAGCCAAUGUGAAUUUCCGUCCAGCCGGGGGUUCUGGGGGCAACAUUGUGGUGCGGGCUGCCGACAGCACCGGGAGCCUGCCCGGGCCCUCCUCUUCGACCUCUUCGUCGUCGUCCUCCUCCUCCAGUUGCCGUGUCAAUGACGAAACCUCCCCCAAGCAAGGAGACCUCUACCAGAUGCAGAGCGGCCUGAAACGCAAGAGGGAGGAGGUGGAGAGCAGCGACAGUGUCCAGAUCCUCGAGGAGCUCUCCGCCCCCGUGCCCUCCAACCGGGCCGGUGGGGGCGGGGCCACGGCCCAGUCCAUUGCCCACUCCGCCUCCACCACCAAGAGCAGCACCUCCCACAGCGAAGGGGACUACCAGCUGGUACAGCAUGAGAUAUUGUGCUCUGUGUCCAACAGCUAUGAGGUGCUGGAGUUCCUGGGCAGAGGCACUUUUGGGCAGGUGGCUAAGUGCUGGAAACGUGGCACAAACGAGAUCGUGGCCAUCAAAAUCCUCAAGAACCACCCCUCCUACGCUCGACAGGGUCAGAUUGAGGUGAGCAUCCUGAACCAGCUGAGUGCGGAAAAUGCCGACGAGUUCAACUUCGUGCGCUCCUAUGAGUGCUUUCAGCACAAGAACCACACCUGCCUGGUGUUCGAGAUGCUGGGGCAGAACCUCUACGACUUCCUGAAGCACAGCAAGUUCAGCCCGCUGCUGCUGAAGUGCAUCCGGCCCGUCCUGCAGCAGGUGGCCACCGCCCUCAUGAAGCUCAAGAGCCUGGGUCUCAUCCACGCCGACCUGAAGCCAGAGAACAUCAUGCUGGUGGACCCGCUCCGCCAGCCCUACCGGGUCAAGGUCAUCGACUUUGGCUCCGCCAGCCACGUUUCCAAGGCUGUGUGCUCCACCUACCUGCAGUCCCGCUACUACAGGGCCCCUGAGAUUAUCCUGGGCCUGCCUUUCUGUGAAGCCAUCGACAUGUGGUCUCUCGGCUGUGUCAUUGCUGAGCUUUUCCUGGGCUGGCCCCUGUACCCAGGAGCCUCUGAAUAUGACCAGAUCCGCUACAUCUCCCAGACCCAAGGCCUGCCAGCUGAGUACCUCCUGAGCGCAGGGACCAAGACCAGCCACUUCUUCAAGAGAGGCGCCGCUUCCAGCUACCCGCUUUGGAGGCUGAAAACACCAGCAGAACACGAGGCAGAGAUGGGGAUUAAGUCAAAGGAAGCUCGAAAGUACAUUUUCAACUGUCUGGAUGAUAUGAUGCAGGUCAACAUGACGAAACUGGAGGGGACGGACAUGCUGGCGGAGAAGGCGGACCGGCGGGAGUUCAUUGACCUGCUGAAGAGGAUGCUGACGCUGGACGCAGAGAAGCGCAUCACGCCCAUGAAGACGCUGACACACCCCUUCGUUACCAUGGCGCACCUGCUCCACUUUCCCCACAGCUCACACGUGAAGUCCUGCUUCCAGAACAUGGAGGUGUGCAAACGGAGGUGUGACGCCUUUGACAAUGGGAAGAACCUGUUCUCCAGCAACACCAACCCCAGCGCUGCUGCCAACCUCACCGUCACUUUCAGCAGCCAGCUCAACCAGCACAGCCAGGUGGGAGCAGGCGACGGCCAGUCCCUCUCCCACGGCAGCAACGUCCCGUUGCUCGGUUACCAGCCAGCCCUCUACCAGCAGGCCACGAUCAACAUCCCCGGCCUCGCCCAGCAGAGCGUCCCCCUGUCGGUCCGCCCCCCGCAGCUGUGUCCCCAGACAGAGCCCUUCCAGCAGACCCUCAUCGUCUGCCCCCCGACCAUCCAGGGCCUUCAGACCUCUAGUAAGCAUUCUGGUUUCCCUGUGAGGAUGGACAACUCUGUGCCCGUAGUUCCGCAGAACCAGUCCUCCCAGUCUGUUCAGAUCCAGCCCAGCUUGCUCACACAGCACGCGUGGCCGGCAGGCACUCAGCAGAUCCUCAUACCUUCCACCUGGCAGCAGAUACCAGGCGUGGCCAUCCACAACCCCGCCCACCCCAUCAUCACCGAUUCGACAAUGGGGGCUGUCCACUCCGACAGCUCCGCCCAACAGGUCCCCAGCUGGAGGGGCUGCCAAGGCGGGCAGUACAACAGUUCCGUGCAGCAGACCUCGGUUCUGGGGGGUCAUGUGUCCCUGGCGUCCUCCCAGACCGUCAACGUGGGCGCGAGAGCCCAGCAAGGGGGGGCGUCGGCGUCAGGGAAGAAGGCCAAGGCCCGCCAUGCUGACUGCAGAGCCAGACAUCUGUCUUCACUGCAGUCUGCUAUCCCGGUUGUGCGUGGCAGCCCUGUGCUAAACUGCCCCGCCUACAAAGCCACUCUGUCUCAGCCAAUCAUCAUCUCCGACACGCCCAGCCCCGCCGUCAGCAUCAUCACCAUCCGCAGCGACACGGAGGAUGAGGACGAUAGGAAGUUCCCCGCCGCGAGCUGCGGCCUGAACCAGCGGACCAACGUCAUCAGCUGUGUGACCAUCCACGACUCGGAUCAGCAGGACUCUGACUCAUCCACCAGCAGUCCCCUGAGCCCCAAGCGUGGCCCCAACCAGACGGAGGCUUCAGUGCAUCUCUCAAAGUCCCUGGACGUCAUUGUGUCCUCCGUUAAAGCCCAGCUUGGAGAGGGUGGGGAAUCCGUGGUACCAGGGCAGCCUCCAAAUGUCUAUGGUGUGCCUAAGAAGGGGGCGGCCCAACAGCUUUGUAGCUCAGGAUCAUCCAGCAGCGAUCGCCACCACCAGGGGGUGCCCAGCCUGUCCCAGCCCCUGAACCUCAGUCAGGUCCAACCCUCUGUGACAUCACAGUCUAAAGACAGAAAUGGCGGUGCCGCUUUGCGCCAUCAGCGCGUGUACCCCCCUGCUGCUUCCUCCAGCGGCCCUUACCGCCUGCAGGAGGCGUCCCUGUUCAGCUCCACCCCCAACCUCUACUCCUUCCCCACCGCCCAAGCCAUGGACCAACUGCAUGGCUCCACUCCCUCCUCUUCCUCCUCCUCCUCUUCCGCCAUUAGAGCCCCCUACUCCUCGUUGGGCCUCCUCCAGUCAGACAACGGCGUGCGAAUGGACAGGACCCGCUACCAGCAUCGGUUUUCUGCCCACCCAUACACCCGCUCUAAUGUUGGUCACGGCUGCUACCAGCUCAGCCCCCGGAAACUUAACCAGCACCCCUACCUAUGAGGAGCACGGAGGAACAUUCGGCAAGCUGGAGAAGACCAACCCACCACGGCAGCCCCUGGAGACCAAGAGAGACCAGGCAUACGAGAGGGGUGGCUGCAUUGGUUUCACUGUUCAAUGCAAGGACUACAAUAACCUAUUUUAAAUUAGAUACUUUUUAUGUCAAUUUUUAACUUGUUAGGAUUAACCCUGUGUUAAGAAUAAUUUGAACUAAAAUUGCUUUUAAGAUUCAGUUUAAGAC